CUUUCACUAAUUCCUAAAAUACCCUCACACAUGGAAAAUGCAUGCAAAAUUGCAAAGGACACUGUAGGGGUCUAUUUCUUUUGGUGUACAUAUAUGGAAUCCUGUGUCCAUCCACCAUAUACACUCUUCUCAUCUUAAUCAAACACAAAUUAGAGAAGGUUAAUUUGACAUAAACACUUAAGAAGUAAGAUGGAAACUGACAGUGAUCCAAAGGCAAACCCACCCAAAAGGCAGAUCUUUAUACUCUCCGGUCAAAGUAACAUGGGCGGUCGUGGCGGUGUAAUCAAGACCCCCCACCACACUCCCAACAAGCGAUGGAACGGUAUCGUUCCGCCGGAGUGCAGUCCCGACCCUUCCAUCCUCCGGUUCAGCGCCGCCCUCAAAUGGGAACAAGCACAUGAGCCCCUCCAUUACGACAUUGACACCAAGAAAGUCUGCGGCAUUGGUCCAGCCAUGGUGUUCGCCAACGCAAUACGGAAGUCUGUACCCAGCGAGAUAGGUCUCGUCCCGUGCGCUGUUGGUGGCACUGCAAUAAAGGAAUGGGCGCGCGGGGAGGAGCUGUACGAAAACAUGGUGAAGAGAGUCAAAGAAAGCGUAAAGGGAGACGAAAUUGCAGAGAUCAAAGCAUUGUUGUGGUUCCAAGGAGAGAGUGACACAUUGAAGGAAGAUGAUGCAGAGGCUUACAAACUCAACAUGGAGAAUUUCAUCCACAAUGUUCGACAAGAUCUAGAUUUGCCAUCGCUUCCAAUAAUUCAGGUUGCAUUAGCGUCGGGGUUUGAAUACAUUGAGAAAGUGAGAGAAGCGCAGAAAGGGAUUAAUAUUCCGAAUGUGAUUUGUAUUGAUGCGAAGGGGUUGCAAUUGAAUGAAGAUAAUCUUCACUUGAACACAGAAUCUCAGAUUAAAUUGGGACACAUGCUGGCUGAGGCUUUUAUUAAUGUUUAUCAGAAAAUUAAUUGAAUUGAACCCUUGAUUUUAAAGGGUUUUUCAAAGCAUCCUAAUUUUUUAAAGUAAUAUAAAUAAAUGAAAGAUCAGGUUGAGCUUUUCCAAUUGUUGGUUUCAAACUGGAUCUGCAGAAGACAUUGGAAUCUACUAGACUUGAAGAUUUGUUAAUAUAUAUUGAUGGAUCUUGUUUGUUUGCUGUCAGUGUGCAUCUUGACACAGAUGUGUAUCUAUUUGUGUGUUAAUGUAUGAGUUUGAUAAUUUAUAUUA